AUGGAUACUCAGACAUCUUCUUCAUCCAUCCUUGAACCAGAACUCUACUUUCUCAUCGCCCGGUUUCUAAGCAGUGGCCCGUGUCAGCGAGCAACAAAGGUCCUGCUGGAAGAAUUGGACGAGUUCAAGUUGUUGCCUCAGAGAGUCGACUGGGAAGGCAAGCAGCACAACAGGAGCUAUGAGAACCUGGUGUAUUUGAACAGACAUAUACGCAGUGAUCACUUGCUUCGCAUCGUCGAGCGUGUCGGAGCUUUGCUGGACAAAGAGAUAAAACCCAGUGUUCCUGGUGUCAGAUCACUUCUUGGUGCCGGCAGUUUGUCAUUGCUCAGAACAUCUGAAGGUGCCAGACAGACAAAAUGGAGUCCUGCCCAUCACAUGAUACGCUAUCAUGGAGCUCCUCUGUAUCCACCUGUAAAUCUAGCAGUGCCUGCCGUCCCACAUGUUCUCAAAGGUUACGAGACUUCUGGAGUUGUCCGCCACCACAGUGUUGUUCCUACAAGUAUAUUUAGCAGAUUUAGCAUGCAUGGGCGGAAACUUGGCCACUUAUCAGCUGUCUAUUGUGUUCUCUUCGACCGCACAGGAAGUUGUAUUUUCACGGGGGCAGAUGAUGCUCUGGUGAAGAUUUGGAGCACAUUUGACAUGAGGCUCCUGGCAACGCUGCGAGGUCACUCAGCUGAAAUCACAGAUAUGGCAGUUUCCUAUGAGAACACUUUGCUUGCCAGUGGCAGCUGCGAUAAAGUUGUUAGAGUCUGGUGUUUGAGGUCCAAGGCCACGGCCGCAGUUCUGCAAGCUCACUCCAGCAUGAUCACAUCUGUACAGUUUUGUCCGAAGUCAAUUGGUGAUACUCGUUACCUUGUGUCAACCGGCAACGAUGGAUGCGUCUGCUUCUGGCAGUUUAACUGUCGGAGCAAUGUGUUCAGCCAAAAGCCAGUGAAGUUUGUGGAGCGAUCUCGGGCUGGUGCGCAAAUGCUGUGUUCUUCAUUCUCUCCAGGAGGAGCAUUUCUCGCCACUGGCAACUCCGACCACGUUGUUCGUGUUUACUUUCUUCAUUCCAUGGGCAUUGAGAAGAUCUGUGAAUUGGAGGCUCACACGGACAAAGUUGACAGCAUCUGUUACAGCAACUGUCUGAACCGCUUUGUCAGUGGCAGCAAUGAUGGCACAGCAAGGAUCUGGCGAUAUGAACGACAAGAAUGGAGAGCAACAGUCCUGAAUAUGAAUGCCAAACUGACCAAAUGUCCGCCGACUCCAGAGCAGAACAGAAACGUGACCCAGGAUCAGCUGCGAGUGACCAUGGUCAGCUGGAGCAUGGACGAUGCCAUGGUGAUCACGGCCGUCUCAGAUUUCAGCAUCAAGGUGUGGAAUGCAUACACUGGGGCACUUCUGCAAGUCUUGGAGGGACAUGAGGAUGAAGUGUUUGUGGUGGAGGCUUCCCCCAGCGAUGCACGCAUCCUGCUGAGUGCUGGGCAUGAUGGGAAGAUGAUCCUCUGGGACAUCUACACUGGAGUCAAGAUCAAGAAAUUUUUCAAUCUGAUUGAAGGUCAAGGCCAUGGUGCUGUGUUUGACUGCAAGUUUUCCCCCGACGGCCACUCCCUGGCCGCCACAGAUUCUCACGGACAUCUGCUGCUCAUGGGAUUGGGGACUAAUGACAGAUGCAAGAAGAUUCCACAGCAGCUUUUCUUCCACACGGAUUACCGCCCUUUAAUACGAGAUGCCAACAAUUAUGUUCUCGAUGAGCAAACGCAACAGCCACCCCACCUCAUGCCUCCGCCUUUCCUGGUUGACAUUGAUGGCAACCCGUACCCGGCAAAUAUCCAGCGUCUGGUGCCAGGCCGGGAGAACUGUAACGAUGCAAGUUUGGUUCCACAGAUAGUUGUUAACGCACAUGGUGAGUCAGAAGUCAUAGGUGACAUUGAUGUGGAAGGUCGAGUGGAGCCACCACAAGUUCCAAAUGGAGAUGUGGAAUCAGAGGCUGAUGAUGAUGAAGAGGAUGAUGAAGAGGAUGAUGACAGAGACGUGAGGCCUGGGUCCAUGCGAAUCUCCAGAUCUGUUGCCAGACCCAGUAUAGAUGUGAUGAUUGAAGAGCUCCAGCGGCAGCAGGAUCAGAGGCUGAGGCAGGAUCAAAGACCCCGGCAGGAUCCAGGCAGCAGUAGUCGGCGCAGUGUCCAAGUGAUGUCACCACCUCAGUUAUCAUCCCCGUUUACCCCAAGGUCCAACUUGCAGAAUCGCAUUGGGAUGCGGCGCAGUGGAGAAAUCGAGGGUGUUCGCCAGUCACUGGGAAAUGUUGCUGUGCGAUCUACCAAGAAGGAGCGAGAUGCUGCCAGACGACAUGUCACUGUGAGGCCAUUAGAUCUGGACUCUCUGAAGGCUGAAGAAGAGAAACGUUCAGCAUACGGAGAGGAUGAAAUAAAAAGAUUUUUAUCUGAACGCAAGAAAAAAUUGUUGUCACCAUAUGAGACGAACACAGCAAGUAUUUUAGAAACCAAGAAAAGAGGUCAAAAGUCAAAGAAGGCGUCAGACAGGCAGAGGGAAGAAGAUGUUCCUGAAAAUGUGGAGACUGCCAGAAAUCGGCUGACUACCAGGGCUUUGUACGAUACAGAGGAGGAGGAGGAGGAAGAUGGAGGUUCUGAUUUAGACCUGUGGAAUAGUGAGAACACCAGCGACGAUUAUUCUGACUGGGUGGGGGACCAGGCCGACAGCAACUUGGAGCCUCCCAAACGACGGUCUCAGAGGAAGAGGGUUCGAAGACGCUUAUACUCAUCUUCAAAUGAUGAUGAUGAGGGUGACAAGUCAGACAGCUCGACAACAGAAGAGAGCAGUGAAGAGGAGAAAGAGGAUGGUGGUAAUGAUGAACCUUCAACUUCCUCCAGGCGGGAGUUGAAGCAGAAAACAGCUAGUCAGAACAACACAGGCAAGAAGAAACAAAAAACUAAAAAGAGAAAGAAGCCUCGACUAGUGCCUGCAGACCCCAAUCUCAAACCAGUGACUCAGUUGGAUGAGAAGAUGAAGCCACCAGAAUGGAUCACCACAGUGAUUCCCCGAAAGGCACCGUUUGUACCGCAGAUGGGGGAUGAAGUGGUCUACUUCCGACAGGGGCACGAGCAGUACCUGCUGGCAGUUCUCAGGAAGCAAGUCUACAAGGUUCACCUGGAUAAGAACCAGCCUUGGCACAAGAUUCCCAACCUCCGGGCCCAGGAGCUGGUGAAGAUAGUGGGCAUCAAGUGGCUGAUCACACCCACCAGGCUGUGUUGUCUCAAACUGGCCUUCAUGGACUCCAGCAGUGGCCGGCUGACUGGCAGGAGCUUCACCAUCAAAUACCAUGACAUGCCAGAUGUGAUCGAUUUCUUAGUGCUAAAACAACAUUAUGACAUUUCAGUUGAAAGAGGAUGGAAACCUGGUGUGCGGUUCCGGUCGAUGAUUGAUGACCAGUGGUGGCUGGGUGCCAUCAAAUCCCAGGAGCCAUUGAAUCCAGAGUUCCCUGACAGUUUAUUUCAGUGUUUCAACGUGCAGUGGGACAAUGGAGAAUAUGAGAAAAUAAGUCCUUGGGACAUGGAACCCAUAGACCCAAAACGGAAACCAGCCACGGUUGGUGGAGGAGUCAGUGUUACCCAGGAUGAGUAUAAAGCCCUGCUGUAUGUUCCCAAGAGAACAGAGUGGCCCUCGUGUGGCAGGGAGGCAGAGUCCCAGCGGCUGACGCAGGGCCUGGGGAUCCUGAUGCAACAUUCCAUCGCUGAAUCCUUCAAUGCUCCGGUGGACCUGCAGAAGUUCCCCACCUAUGCUUGUUUUGUCUCCUAUCCUAUUGACCUCAGCACCAUCAAAACCAGACUGGAAAAUGGCUUCUACAGGAGAAUCACAGCCCUCCAGUGGGACGUCAGGCUGAUUGCUGCCAAUGCAAGCAUCUUCAACAAGUCAGGCUCUGUGAUUGUCAAGAAUGCCAACGCAAUUUCAGAAACUUUGCUUCGGUUCAUCAAGGACCACACCUGCCAGGACCCCCUCCCAAUGUUGACAGAACUGGCCCACAGCGACAUGAAAAUGGGCUCCAGUGACGAGGACAGUCAUCCCGGCUCUUCUGGGAAAACAUCAAAAAGCAGGAAAAGUCCAAACAGAAAGAAACACAAGCAUGGCCCCAAGGCUGACCCUGAUGUGUGGGUGGAACAGUGUGAGUCCCUCCUGGCAACUCUGUUUGAGUGUGAAGAUUCAGAACCUUUCCGUGUGCCAGUUGACCCUGCACUUUACCCUGACUACGAAGACAUCGUAAAAAAUCCCAUGGAUUUAACGACAGUACACACCAAACUGGCAACAGGCCACUAUGGCAACCCGGUGGAUCUGUGCCGGGACAUCAGACUCAUGUUUCAGAAUUCCAAGAUCUUCAACACAAACAAGCGUUCUCGGAUUUAUUCCAUGACCCUGCGUCUGUCAGCAUUGUUUGAGGCUCACAUUGUAGAAAUAAUUAAAAAUUGGAAGUUGGCUCUCAAGGCGUCGGGACGUGUCAGGAAACACCAUAGGCCAGGAAGCUCAACAUCAGCGCAGACACUGACCUCCUGGGAUGCUUUUACCAGCAGCAUCUUCGAUUCCUCGCAGCCGUCCAGCUCCACUCAGCCGCUGAGCAUCAGACUGCCAGGGAAGGAUGGCAUGGUCUCAGCUUUAGGGUCAUCUUCUUCCUCAUCCCAGCAGAUGAAUGGACAUUUCUCAGGAUUCAAGAGGAGUACUGGUGUCAAUGGUGGAGACGAUUCUGAUGCUACUAUUGUGGACAAAGAUGACAAGGAUGACGAUGGAGACACUGAAGUUUGCGACGAGGAAACUGGAGUCAACGGACACUUCAACAACACUGAUGAUGAUGAUGUGAGUGAUGAUGAUGAUGAUAAAGACAACGAUUACAGACCAACAAAUUUCCGAUUGCAUUCUGGGAAAUCUGCCAUGAAAGGUAAAGGAAGCACACGUGGCAAGGGGAAAUCCACCCGACCACUGCCCACAAGAACAGUGAGAGAGCGGUUGAAGAAGUCAAACGUCUUUUAUACGUCAGAUGGCAACAGCAACGUUGAUGACCUCUCUGGUUCUGACUGUGAUGAAGAACUGACUAAAGUUCCCUCUAGAAAAUGCAAAAGCAAAAUCAGCAGCAAGUCACCUGAUGACUCAGAUAAUGCGUCCAGCGAUGAACUGUCCUAUCAGGCAUCCAGGCGGAAGACUCCAAGGUCAAGCCUGGCUGCUAAACGACGACCAGCUGGCAGAAGUAGUUCCUUUAAAAAAUAUCCAUCCUCAGAUUACGAAGGUACCCCCUCACAUAGAAAAGCUCGUGGUACGAGGUCAAAGAAGAGAGCAGUGCUUUCAGAGGAAGAGGAGGAGGAAGUGAAAAGUAGAAUUAAGAAGAAUAGCUCAAGUGCCUUGUCUCGUUCAGCAAGAUCUGCACGGACACAGAAAAAGUCUUACGCUGAAGAUGAAUCGGAUCUGUCAGUUAAAGCUGAAGAUGAAGAUGAUGAUGAAGUUGAGCUUGAGGAUGAUGUGUGUAAUAACUUGGACUCAGAGGAAGAGUCGUCAGAAGAAGUUGAUGAAGAUUCUGAAGAUGAACUGAUAACCAAAAGUUUGAGAAAGUCGACCAAGGACAGUAAGAAAGCCAGCAGUAAGUCUCAGAAACGUUCCAAGUUGGACUCUCACAGCAACGACAGUGAUUCAGACAGUCUUUCAAAUGUGCCUCGCAAACGAACACGACUUCGGACUUCUCCGCAGCCGAAACAUUCGCGGAGGACCAGCAAAUCACAUUCUCCUCCUGUAAAUAAAAUUAGCAACAAACGGGUUAAAAAUGGCCAGAAAAGUGGCUCAACUCGACAGACCAGAAACAGAGGUAAGCAGCGAGUCACCUACAUCGAGGAUGAUUCAGACGAAGAUAAUGACAGUGGUGAUUCAAACAGUGACAGUGAUAAUUUAGAGGAAGCUGGAGCACGAAACGUUAGCAGCCGAGGGCGAGUUCGGAAACUGACUGCAAGAGCCAGGGCCAGUUUCAAAAAACAAAUGGGGCUAACUUCGGGUCUCUAUGCUGGAUAA